AUGCUAGGAGGGAAACGAGGAAGAUCUGCUGGAUCUAGUGGAGCAGCAGGACACCAGGAUAGAGUCAGAACUCAUUUGUUUUUCACUCAACAUGGAGAGAGGCAACAUCAGAAGAAGAAGAGAAGAGCUCAGAACAAACUUCAUCAAGUUACCCACAAGAAAGAUGAAAUGGUUCAAGUAGGGGAGCUUGAUCCUUCACAAUGGAAAGGAAAUCAAAGAGUUCUCCAUUUUGGCCCUAUGGCUCAAAGAGAUCCUUACUUCUAUUAUUACCCUAAAGGAUGGGAUGUAUUGUAUCCAGCUCACUUUGGAUUUUUCCCUUAUCGCACUGAUAAAUUCCGCGGUUCAUCGUCUAUUAUUUGUACAGCAGCUUUCGGCGUUUUCAUGAUCUUAGGAGGAUGUUUGAUGGUUUAUAUGGGUUUUUUUGUCAUGUACGACUCACCUUUUUGGACUUGGUCGACUGACCGAAGGAAGAGGCCUCCUCCGAUACAAAUAGCCGGCCCUAUUCUUUUAGGAAUUGGAGUAAUAUUGUCAAUUAUUUCUCUUAUAUACUCUCUAGUUACUUCAAAUUUCUUCAAGUUAUAUCUACAUCACACUCGGAAACAUGAUGAACCAGCCCGACUUACUACUAUCACUACUUACUAUCCGCAUUGUACUCCUAUCUUUGAAAAAAAUCCAUAUCAACCAUUACCUCCUCCGGCGUACCCAGUAUUGGAGAACCCCUAUGCUCAUUCAUCCGUAGUUCGUCCUCAUGACGAAAUGAAGCUUUAUCCUCCAGUAAUCCCUGGAUGUUCAACGCUAUCUUUGCACGGGAGAUCACCAAGCAAUAUAUUUGUUGCGAGUCCUUAUAAUACAUUAAGAGCCACAAGUUUAGCUAGGUAUCACUCCGGGAUAAUCGAUAGUGGAGCAGGAGUAUUAGAGCAAAAGAGAAACAGUAGUGUUAGUACUAGGCGACAGUCUGAAGAAAGUUUCCAAAAAAGGUCAAAGAGCAUGGGCCCUCUUCAUCGAGCAGGAUCCAAUAGAUCUCGUAGCAGUGCUGCUGUAAAUUCUAAACAUAAUAUUAAAGCUCCAUUAGCUGAAAUGGAGAGUGACGAGGAGGAGUCCAUAAUGAAUUUGGAGGAGCACAUUAUGGAUGUCGAUACUCCUAGUUCAACUCCUGUUGAAAGAAUCUUAGCCGAGUCCUCGGAACAGAGCACUGCUUCUCUCAUAGGUGGGACUUCAGGACGUGUCUUCACAGAAGUCUUAAUCAAAACCAUACGAUUUUGCAUUCCUAAAGGCUAUGACUCUACGAAUGUUGUUUACUUAGGAGGAGGGUCAUAUGGAGACGUUGUAAAAUGCACUACAAAAUGUCGGGAUGGUGCAGUACGGGAAGUAACAGUGAAAAAGUUGAGAUGCCCUUUUACUAAUGCAUCCCACGCUCGAAGAAUUUAUAGAGAAUUGAAACUUUUGCAAUUAAUGAAACAUUCGAACGUUAUAGAAGCUAUUGACUUAUACACUCCAAAUAAGGACAAGGACAAUUUCGAUCAGAUCUAUUUAGUGACCGAAUAUGCUGGAAGCAGUUUAUUGAACUUCUUGAACUAUCAAAAGCAGAAAAACGUUCGAAUCUUCGGAAGCGAGCAUGUUAAACUCAUAGUUUACCAAAUAUUGAGAGCUUUGAAAUAUAUUCAUUCCGCUAAUGUGAUUCACCGAGAUUUGAAGCCCGGCAAUAUAGCCGUUACUGAUAACUGUGACUUACGGGUGUUGGACUUCGGCUUAGCGCGAUCUUUGGAUAAAAAGGAGAUGCUCACUCAAUACGUGAUGACGAGAUGGUAUAGGAGUCCCGAAGUUAUUUAUUGGAACAUUGAUAAUUACAAUACACAAGUGGAUGUUUGGUCUGUUGGAUGCAUAGCCGCUGAAUUAAUGACAGGAGAGGUUUUGUUUAGUGGUUCAAAUUCGGUUACUCAAUAUGAACAAAUUACGAAAUUAGUUGGAAGCCCAGACUCACAUUUGCUCGACAAAAUAGAGAGAAGUUAUCGUCGAGAAAUGCGUGUAGUCAUUGAAUCGUAUGAGCAACAUCCGCGUGUUGAUUUCUACGAACACUUCAAGAGUUAUGACAAAGAUUUCAUAGACUUUCUGGAUAAGGUUUUGGUAUUGGAUCCAGAGAAGAGAAUGACCGUUGAAGAAGCUUUACAACAUCCAUAUAUGUCUACACACUAUUAUCCUUCUGAUGAGCCAACUGCAGAUUGGGUAUUAGAAGAUGAUGAAAGCAAAACUUUGUCGCAAUGGAAACAGCUCAUUUGGAACGAACUUCAAAAUUUCGAGCCGCGCUCUUACUCUCCAGAAUAUGUAUAUAAUACUGAUUGA